UAUCACCCAAAAAAAGAACUAAAAAAAAAGGCAACGGCGAGUGCGAGGCGACGCGCCUUGACCACACAGAGAGCAGCGAGGCUGAGUGGCUGAGCAGAGCAGAGACAAGGCCGGGCACGGCGCUCGCGGACGAGCGAGCCGCGCCGUCGUGUCGCACGGGGAUGGCGGGGCAGGCGCCGGCCGUGGUGGCGUUCGCGCUGGCGGCCGCCAUCCUCUCCACGCCGCCGCCGCAGUCGGACAACUUCUCCAACAUCCCGCCCACGCUCUCCGGGGACGACAAGGCGCAGGUGAGGAUCAAGCACCCCAAGUCGGCCAAGGCGCUGCAGUGCACCUCCAAGUGCGUCGCCACCUGCAUCCGCGGCGGCGAGGGGCCCAUCAACGUCCGGAGGCCCCUCGUCGUCUUCAAGGAGGGGCAGUUCCGCAGCCGCCUCUACUGCCUGACAGAGUGCUCGGACAUCUGCAACCUCAUCAAGGACGGCGAGGACGGGCCAUGAGAAUGAGAUGAACGAAGCUCUUGCCCGGGAGGAGCGGCAGGCACGUUCAGGGCCUUACUGGGACUGCAUUUCUCACAAGGAACCGCACGAAAUCGCGGCGUAAAUUCCGAAAGGAACCACGGAGAUCAUGCGGUGAAGAGAUCAUAGUAGGGAGGGAGGGAGAAUCGUCAUGGAAUUUCUGUACUUUCUACCACUUGCUUAUAGCUGUACAUGACACAGAAGGCAGAGCAAGCAAUACAUUUUUGGCAUCGUCACGACCAUGAGCAACAGAGAUAAACACAUGAAUGAAUGCCUUCAACUGAUAA